AUGUGGUUACUCCGUAGGGACGACAGCCGAAGACUCUCUGGCCGCAGCAGCUUUGCGAGUGGGUUACUCGACGAGACCGCUCUGGUGCUGGAGCUUGGGGUACUAGUGCUGGAGUUGCUGGUGCUGGAGAUGCUGGUGCUGGAGGUACUAGAGCUGGAGGUGCUGGAGGUACUGGAGCUGGAGGUGCUGGAGGCACUGGAGCUGGAGGUACUGGAGCUGCUGAUUCUGGAGGUGCUGGAGCUGGAGGUACUGGAGGUACUAGAGCUGGAGGUGCUGGAGGUACUAGAGCUGGAGGUUUUAGAGGUACUGGAGCUGGAGGUGCUGGAGGUACUGGAGCUGCUGGUGCUGGAGGUGCUGGAGCUGGAGGUGCUGGAGCUACUGGCGAUACAGGUACUGGAGGUGCUGGUGCUGGAGGUACUGGAGUUGGAGGCUCUCGUACUUCCUGCCUGGCUCACCACUCCCUGUUCCCUCUCCUUACCAGUCAUAGUCUGA